AUGUGUAUGAUUUUCUAUUCAUAUAUACCAAGGGAUAAACCAUGGGAUCAACAAGAUUGUCAACGUGUUUGUUCUACAUCACGAUGUUUUUGUGGUCAUUUAUUAAAUCAGCAUGAAACAUUCACUGGGAAACAAUUAUCAUUAAAGUGUCAGCAGGCUGGUUGUAUCUGUAAGGCGUUUAAAUUUAUCCCCAGUAGACCAGAAGAAGUUGGUGAAUAUUGGCUAGUGAAAAGAAGAGAUUUCGAUCGUAAUACCUAUCGUGUCAAGUGUAAAUGUAAGCAUACACAUGAAGAGCAUGUAGCUGAUCCAAUCCCAUAUCGAUGCAAUGCUAAAGGAUGUAGUUGUUUAGGCUUUUCAUCUGCUUUCCUGUGUGCAGCAUGCGAUAAACACUGGAAUGAACAUCAGACAGUUAUUGAAACGGAAAGUGAACGUAAAGCUCAAGGACGUCCUGUGGGUGAAGCAUGGUUCCCAUUUGCUGAAUUACCGGAAUUAGCUAAAAUUGCUUUAACUGGUGUUGAUAAUCCAGAUAUUCAAACGUUGGCUGAUGCUUUACCGCCAGAAACUCGUCAAAAUUUCCUAGAACAACAGCAACAGCAGCAACAACAACAACAGCUGCAGCAGAAGAAGAAUCAACGUGCCUUACCUGAUCCAAGAUCUAGAAGAUAA